AUGGAGUUAUAUUACACACGUAUCCCUGCAACAAACAACCUAAUCCAAUCCUGAUACGUGUCAGGUUUCCAUACAGACAUCUGGAUUGGUUGCAAAGAAUUAUAAUGCAACUCCUAAAUGCGCAGUUGAUUUUAAGAACCGUUCGACUUUUCUAAACCAGAUUUACAGUGAUUUGACGACAUACAACUCUAACAUAAGGAAGAUAUGGCUUCAGAACUACUCAGAAAAGAGGAAACCCUGACAAUGAGGAGACAAUUGAUCGGGCAAUCGUGCAGACUUUUUUAUUCAGACGAUCCUGUCAAAAUUGUAAGAGCAAGGGGGCAGUAUAUUUUUGAUGAGAACGACAAGCGCUAUUUGGACUGCAUCAGCAAUGUUCAUCAUGUGGGCCAUUGCCACCCCAGUGUUACAAAGGCUGCAACGGAUCAAAUGGACCUUCUUAACACCAACACGAGAUUCCUGCACGACAAUUUGGUCUUGUAUGCAGACCGCCUGGCUGCCACCUUGCCUGAGCGACUGUCCGUCUUCUAUUUUGUCAACUCUGGCUCCGAGGCCAACGAUCUUGCACUACGCUUGGCUCAGCAGUACACUCAACACGAGGACGUCAUCGUGCUUGACCACGCAUACCACGGUCAUUUGAUGUCCCUCAUCGACAUCAGUCCAUACAAGUUCCGGAAAUUGAAUGGACAAAAAGAAUGGGUUCAUGUGGCACCCUUACCAGACACCUACAGAGGCAUCUACAAAGAGGAUGAACCAAAUCCUGGUCAAUCUUAUGCAGAUACAGUCAAGGACUUAAUAGAGGAGGUGCACAGGAAAGGUCGCAAGAUAUCUGCCUUCUUUGCCGAAUCAAUGCCAAGCGUGGGAGGACAAAUCAUUCUGCCAGAGGGAUACUCCACUAAAGUGGCAGAGUAUGUGCGCUCAGCAGGCGGGGUGUUUGUGGCGGAUGAGGUGCAGACUGGCUUUGGGCGCGUUGGAAGUCACUUUUGGGCUUUUCAGAUGCAAGGAACAGAUUUUUGCCCCGACAUAGUAACCAUGGGCAAGCCAAUGGGCAACGGACAUCCCAUUGCGUGCGUAGUAACAACAGUGGAGAUAGCCAGAGCUUUCACCGCCAAUGGAGUGGAGUACUUCAAUACGUUUGGCGGGAACCCAGUGUCUUGUGCAAUUGGUCUGGCUGUCCUUGAUGUAAUCGAAAAAGAGGACCUGAAAGGGAACGCCAAAAGGGUCGGCGCACACCUGAAAGAUUUGUUCAACAGGCUGAAAAGUCAACAUGAACUUAUUGGAGAUGUUAGGGGCGCCGGACUUUUUGUAGGAGUUGAGCUGGUAGAAGACAGAGAACUGAGGACACCUGCCACCAAAGCAGCAGCACAGGUCGUGAAAAGGCUCAAAAUGGAGGAUCGAAUCUGUGUCAGUACAGAUGGGCCCUGGGAAAAUGUCUUGAAGUUUAAACCACCCAUGUGCUUCAAUAUGGAGGAUGCUGAGCUGGUGGUGCACUGCAUUGAUCGGAUCCUGACAGACAUAGAGGCCAACAUGAAGCUGGAAAAGGAAGACAUCUAGGUUUGUUGAUCCUGUAGAAAAUGUUUUAAUUUGAUCAUACAUUGUCAGACUGUCACAUUCAUUCAUUAAAUUCAGAGGUAGUGAUGACCCAUUAUCUAACAAAGAGCAAACGCAAUAAUUUCACACAUCGCCAUUGUCUUAUGGUCUUGAGGGUGGACAAUAAGUUUUCAUACAAUAGGAAAAUAUAGGUUUGUUUUUUUUUUUUACAUUUCAGAUACCUUAGG